AUGUACGGUGCCGCCGGUCGAGGAGCUUCCUGUUUCAAAUGUGGUCAGCAAGGUCACGUCGCUGCCGCUUGUCCCGCUUCAGCUCCCACUUGUUACAACUGCAGUCUUCCUGGUCACUUGAGCCGAGACUGCCCUCAACCUAAGAACAAGGCUUGUUACACUUGUGGACAAGAAGGCCACAUCUCUUCUGCUUGUCCUUCCGGUCCCGCUCCCGGUGGAUUCCAAGGUGCCCAAGGUGGCGCUGGUGGUGAAUGUUACCGAUGCGGUAAACCCGGACACAUCGCUCGAAUGUGCCCUGAGUCAGGUGAUGCUUCGGGUGGUUACCAACAACAAUCUUACGGUGGUUACGGAGGCGGUGGUUUCGGUAACAAAUCUUGUUACACCUGUGGUGGUGUAGGACACAUCUCAAGAGAAUGUCCUUCAGGAGGUGCUAGAGGUUUCGGUGGUGGUUUCCAACAACAACGAGGUCCUCAAAAGUGUUACAACUGUGGUCAAGAGGGUCACAUCUCUCGAGAAUGUCCUCAAGAGCAAGGUAAAACUUGUUACGGAUGCGGUCAAACAGGUCACAUCGCCUCUGCCUGUCCCAACGCCGGUGCAGCUCCAGCUGAAGGUGCUGAACCCACCGCCUAA